AAGUCUUUCUUUCUCCAAACCUCUCUCUGUCAUAACUCAUGCCAUUUGAGCCCCAAGCUCUUUUCCUCUCUUCUUCCUUUCUUGUCCUCUACAUAUUCAUACAAAUAUCUUUACAUAGUAAUAUACACACAUCUCAUAUAUCAUUUUCCCAAUUAUAUGGUACCCAUUGAGAUAUUUAAAGAUUACUAUACAAUAUUCAUAUUUAACAUAUUAAUACCCUUUUGAGCGUUAGUUUAGGCCCUGAAAUCUUGUUAUUUCAGCCUCUGCAGCUUCCACUAAAGGGAAGCAUUUGGAUGGAAUGAUUUACUGGAAUUGCAUGUCCAAAGUUGGACAAAUUUCAGCAUAUAAGGUGGCAGAGUGGCUUUAAGAUGGAUCUUCUUAGUUUACUUCUUGCUAUAUUUUGUCCUGAUUUUCAAAUUGGCUCCUCCAAACUCGACUUUUGGUUCUUGUGACUAUAGAAGUUUUGAACAAUGAGGAGAUAAUGUUUGGCAAACUUCUGCCGUGUUAUCGCAUGGCCCCAAGACAAUCCCGCCUCAGCUCCAGACGAUCUCGUAAAAAAAUUGUUUUUAUCGCGCUCUUGAUACUUCUACCGAUUUUGUUCUUUGGUGUUUACCUCCACGGCCAUAAAAUCUCCUAUUUUUUCCGCCCGCUUUGGGACAAACCUCCACCUCCGUUUGAUCAUUUGCCACAUUAUUAUGCUGAAAACGUUUCGAUGGAUAAUCUUUGUCGCUUACACGGAUGGACCCUACGUUCUGAACCACGUCGCGUAUUUGAUGGGAUCAUAUUCAGCAACGAGUUAGACUUGCUCGAAGUAAGGUGGCGCGAGCUCUAUCCCUAUGUUACAAAAUUUGUGAUCUUGGAAGCCAAUACUACUUUUACUGGAAUCCCAAAGCCAUUGUACUUCUCUGAUCAUCGCGAACGAUUUGCCUUUGCUGAGGAAAAGAUAGUACACGGUGUGUUUCCUGGCCGUGUUGCGUCCCCUGGUUCACACGAAGAUCCUUUUAAACUAGAAGCACAGCAGCGUAUCGCGAUGAACAGGUUACUUAAAGUUGCUGGUAUUGCUGAUGGCGACCUUCUCAUUAUGUCAGACACGGAUGAAAUCCCGAGCCAACACACUAUUAAAUUGCUGCAGUGGUGCGAUGGGGUUCCUCCCGUCCUGCAUCUUGAGCUCAGACAUUACAUGUAUUCCUUUGAGUUCCCUGUUGAUUAUAGUAGUUGGCGCGCUACUAUUCACAUUUACAACAGGUGGACUCAGUACAGACAUUCGCGCCAAACGGAUGUUAUAUUUUCUGAUGCAGGGUGGCAUUGUAGCUUUUGCUUUCGGCAUCUGCAAGAUUUUGUAUUAAAAAUGACUGGUUAUAGUCACGCGGACAGAGUUCGACGUAAAAAUUUCCUAAAACAUUCUAGAAUUCAGAAGCUUAUUUGUGAGGGAGCUGAUCUUUAUGAUAUGUUACCUGAGGAGUAUUCUUUUCAGGAAUUGAUCAAGAAAAUGGGAUCAAUACCUCGCUCAGCAUCCGCGGUUCACCUUCCUACAUAUGUCAUUGAAAAUGCAGAUAAGUUUCGAUUCCUUCUCCCCGGAGGUUGUCAGCGAUCACCACGAUGAUCCUCUUCGUCUGUCAACUUUUUUUUUGUUUAGAAUUUGCAAUUGUAAAAGGGAUAGUUGUAAUGAAUGUUAGAUGUCAGUUAUUGAUGUUCUUUUUUCAUAAAAUUUGCAGCAGAUGGUUUAGCUGUUGGUAGUUGAGUUUUGUGAAAUGAGAAAAUAGGUUCUCUUACCUUUGCUAAGUGUGUAUACACAUUUUAAAUAAAUAAUUGUCAAAUGAAAGCAUUGUUGUUAACUCUC